CUGGGCUCCAAUUCCUCCUCUUUCUUCGUUCGACAUUCCCCGUAGCAGCAGAAGCCGCCACUGUUGAGCAUCUCACUAGGGUAUGGCUGGCUGGGCACCGGUCCGUCAGUGCGAUCGAUGUCUGCAAUAAUCCUGCGGGCUAAAUCCCCGUCCGGGGGGACUGCCAGGUCUCAACUCUGUUUCGUAGAUCUGGUACUCGGGACGAGUGUACUUUGCAAGGGGCCCGGUGGACAAUGCCUACCUGGACAGGGUUCAGAAAGAAUGGUUGAGAGAUGCUUCCCCUGAGUGACCUCGGUACCUCGACAUGCCCCCAGCCAUUUGUUUGGGCCGCCGCCGCCGGGAUGAUUUGCGCUUCUAGAGAGAGACUAGCAUCGAGGGCUUGUAGGCGUCCUGCAUGCAGAUGAAAUAUAUCAGCGGGACCCCAUCUGGACGUCGUCUGCUUCGGUACUGACCUUUUCCUCGACCAUGAUCGGACCACCUUCGGGCGAACAACUUUAUAUUGACCUCGAGUUGCAACCCAUCGCAGGGCUGUCCGACUUUUGCCAGACAGACCACCCAUCACUUUUAUGUGACCUGAUAUAUCUCUGGGGACCAUCUACGCUCGGCCGUCGUAGACUUCCGACUCGCGUCAGCAGCUAGCCAGUCGGACGGGUGGACAUACGAGAGACAAGGAAACAAACAUAUUCGGAACUGCGUCACAGCAGCCCACCAUGUCGAAUAUCGGAGGGUCAGGACCCACGAACGUCGACCACUCCCUCGAUGGGCAGUCCCAGGUCACCUUCAUCGUCUCUAUCCUGAGCUUGGCGACCGUCAUCUCCACAGCAGUAGUCGUCCUGCGCAUUUUCACACGUUCCUGCAUCCUACGAACGUUCGGGCCGGACGAUGCGGUCAUGGGCAUAGCGCAGCUUCUCACUAUCGGCGCAGCUGUAGCAAUCGGGCUCGAAGCACAGUGGGGUCUGGGUCGUCACGUCUGGAUCAUGCUCCCAGAAAAUUACACGCCGUACAUGAAGGCGUUCUACGCCUCUGUUGUCGUGUACAAUGUCGCAACGUGUGUCGUCAAGAUGUCAAUCCUCCUGCAAUACCGCCGCAUCUUCACCGGGAGCGUCAUGCAGAAGUUGACAUUGGCUGCCCUCAUCUUUGAGGGCGCCUGGGCAGUCACACUCUCAAUUCUGCUGCCGCUGGUUUGCAAUCCUGUUGCAAGCUUCUGGGACCCUAAGACCCCGGGGACAUGUCUCAACCAGCUAGCCAUCUGGUAUGUCAUGGCAUCAAUCAACUUGGUCUCGGACUUCGUCAUAUUCAGCAUGCCACUUCCGGUGAUCAAAAAUUUGCAGCUUCCCAAGAAGCAGAAGAUCAUGUUGAUGGGCGUAUUUUGCCUCGGUUUCCUAACAUGCAUUAUUUCCAUCUAUCGAAUGAAGACUCUCAAGGUCGCAGGAGAAUCGACUGAUCCGACCUGGGACAACACCGACGCCGCCGUCUGGUCAUUCAUCGAGUUAUCGAUUGGCGUGCUUGCUGCUUGUCUGCCGACACUUCGCCCGCUAUUCGCGCUCAUCUUGCCACGUUUCUUCAAGUCAACCGUGUCAGGAAGGACAGGACAGUACAACGGGCUCUCUGGAAAGAGCACAGGGAAUAUGUACAACAGGUCCCGGACUGGUAACACGGCCGUCAAGAGCGUCAAUGGGCCAUACGUUUACCCAUCGGAUGGCGACAGCGACACAGACGUGCUGAGGGGGAACGGGAGCCGAGGGUCUGGUGGCGGUCUCGAGCUCCCAAUCAUGUAUAAUGUGACGGUGACUGGAGGGAAAAAAGGAAUUCGGGAAUCUGAGCUGCCAGUUGCACGGAGUGACUCGUUGGCCGGAAUCCAGACGACCACUGUCGUCACCCAGAGGGUGGAUUCUCUCUAGUUCUUUCUAAUGUUUUAUCAGAUACCACAAAGCAAUUUACCACGUUAAUCUG